AUGAGGUACCUUAGGUGCAAAACAGAUAAUGUAUUUCCUGACUCUACACCGGAUUGCUACCGGGAAUUAUUGAUCAUAAUUCGAGAGUGGAUGUACCUAGUCACAAUGAAACACGCCAGCCAGGCUCCAGCUUGCAACAUGACCAUUGGCAGUUUGGCAGUGCUUUAUCCCACUUGCCCGCAGCCUGACACCAACAUGGCGCCCAAUUGGCAUGAGCAACCUUACUCGCAGAGCUUCUUGGAUGCACUUUUUCAUACGAUUGAUGGCAAUUUUCACCAAAACCAAAAGAUCAAGCCCUUGGAUCCCAAUGACUUCCCUCUGACCUUGGGCGUGGGCUAUUUCGCGCAUGAGGGAGACUUUGAGGCAUAUCAGAAACUACUGGGACUAAUAGAACAUGAGCCGUCUAUGUGCCAUCAGUUUGGAGCCAUGGGUUAUGGAGGGUAUUGGGAUAAGGUAUCUGGAACAGUUGGUCUUUCCUGUGCCCAACACAUGUUUGUGUUGCCGGGGGGAGGGGUAGACCUACAAAAGGGGGAAAGAUUUGCCAAUGUUGAUUUCGCGAUGGCAUCUGGCUUAAAGCAUUGGAUGGAACUGCGCUUGCACAUCUUAGGCUAUGACAUCAAUUAUCAGUAUCGGAUCCACUUCAACAAACAAAUGUCAUGGAUGGGCGAUCACACAGGGCACCUUCUAGCUGUAUCUGGCGCUCAAUUCCCUACCAUAGUGGCAGCUGUCAGGAAUAUUCAUCUCCCAGCAUGCAAAGUGUCAUGUCAGUAUAUGUUCUCAUACCAUUGGUUGCCCAGCGUGGGGAUGACGGAUGGUGAAGCCCCUGAACAAAUCUGGGUGAUCUUGAAUGACAUCGGAGACAGCACUUAUGAGAUAACCUCGGGACAUCAUCACAAUGUCAUUAAUGAUCACCACUCAGACAUGAAUGUGUGA